GCCAUCAAAAGAUCAAUAACAACAAGGCUUCCCCUCUCAUUGCUGGUUUCUAUAUAGCGAACAGAAAGAGUUAGAACUUCCGUCUUGAGGGCAGAGAGGCGAGCAAACUACGAGUCAUUCUCAGGCAACACUACCAUUUUCACAGUGACAAGGAACAAAAAAAGGAGGAGAGGGAGGGAGAAGGAUGUCAGAAAAUCUCACAUAUGCUGACUUGAAUGUGGCUGAAUUAAACACGCCCAGAUUACAGGAGGACACUCAUGUCCCAGAUUCUAUAUAUGUAGAAGUGAAAGUUAAAUCCCUAGACACAAGUGCUGUAGCUAGCUACAAGGUGCAUGGUCCCACUGGUCAAGCAGAGAUCAUGAACAGCAAAGACAGCAGAAGGGGUAAAAGCUGUUGCUCCAGAACAUGUGUUGCUGUAUUGAUUGCUAUGAUAGUCCUCUUCCUCCUGGUCUUAGGUUUGGGGCUGAUACUGAUGUUUUUAAGGAGCCAGAAGCCUUCUGAAGAACAAGAAUCUCCCAAAGCCACUAUGUUGGAAGAAAGAGUCCUUCCAACCACAAGCAGCCCAUGUCACUCAGAAACAUUCUCCACCACCUCUGAAGAGACAAUAGGCUGCCCUUCAGGCUGGAUAAGAAACAGGAAAAAAUGCUACUUCUUUUCUCAGAGCAGGGACAUAAAAGACUGGAACACCUAUCGCCAGGAAUGUAAGGAAAUGGAUUCAGACCUGGUGAUCAUCAACAACAAGGAAGAACUGGAGUAUCUUUUUUCACAGUCAAAAGGUCAUUACUAUUUACUUAGUCUCAAGUAUUCCAACAGAGAGAAGAAGUGGAGGUGGAUUAACAAUGCAGAGCACCGCACAGACAUAUUUGAAAUAUCAGGAAAUGUGAUCGAUUAUUUCUGCACUGUCAUUGGAUUUGACAAAGUAGCAACUGCGUCUUGCUGUGGAUCCUCAACAACACAAAAUAUGUGUGAAAAAGCUGCAAACAUUUCAGCUCUCCCAAAAAUGUCAGAAGGAAAGACAUAAGCAAGAGGUCCAGGCUAGAAUCUUACCCUUGUCUUCUUGUAGGAAUAUUGGGUAGGAUUUGUCUCACUUAUCUUUUGCUGCCUUAAAUAUCUAGUCUAAGCAAGUCUGAUUGGCUCCCUUUAGAGCCACCUUGCCAAGCUUAGCACUCUUUCCUAAGUUGGAUGUCCAAGACUGGAUGGAUCACUCUCUAGAGGAGUUUGCAUUUUCACACUAUAGAAGUCUGGAUAACUUGCUCCCACUAAAUGUCUGGCUUUCAGGUAGCUACUAUUAGGUGACAUGAGUCCUGCCUCAGUGGCAGGUGUGAUCACAGACGGGGCCUGUAUCUCACAGACAUAUGCAUAUACACUCACACACCUACUGUCCUGCUUAUGUGCAAGGAGACACUUCUAAGUAUUGCCACACGCUGGCCACAAGUGCAGGUUAGCACGUAUUUACAUUUUGGAUCCUGCUGGCAAGUGCAAUCACACUCAUGCCCAUGUAUAACAGAUAUGAUUGACUGGACAACCUCAAAGGUGUGUGUAUAAACCUUACUCUGUUAAAGACCUCCUCUGUUAAAAAACAUAGUGGAUACCAGAUCCCUGCAGGGCUAAAAUGUGAUUGCCCACCAAAAGUGAGAUGAUCCUACACUGUAAAUCUGUGCAUAAAAUCUCCACUGUUAAAAUUAUCUUUUCUCUUUUGCUUGUUUGUGGGCACUGGUAAUGAGCAGCAAGAGUCAGAUUUCUAAGCUGCUAAUUUUUAUUGCUAGUAAUAAGAUGCUUCUUGGCUGAAAGCACAAGAAGGGAUCCCGAGUAGCUUUUUGUUACAGUUUUUAAGCCAAGGUAAGGUAUUACAUAUUCAAUACUUUAGUUUACAUAACCAAUCAGAUCUAUCUAAGAUUCUUAGUUUUACCAAUGCCCUUGCCACGUUGCAGCAUGAAAUAGUUCCCUUCCAGCCUUAAACGGUCCAUCUCAUGGACCUGAUUUGCACCUCUUGUGGCGUUACCUUUGAACAACUUUUGUACAGCUGGUUGGAUUAGACUGGUUUCUUUGCAGUUCUUCAACUAUGUUCGAAAAACAGGAGCUAAGGCAAGGUCAGAUAAGACGUUCUGCUUGCAGGGCAUGUUUUGUCUGCAGAAAACUAGAGUAUAGUGGAAAUUUUCUUAACAUCACCGUUCCUGUGUGGGUCAGGGAAAGUGUCUCAGAUUUAGUGCUGGCCCUGCUGACAAAGCACUCAGGACGAAGAGCAGUAGGGAUCACCAGAAUCUAAAAAUAGAGCCAUAACAAUAGCUCAGCUGCACCAGAAGAUAAUCAAACUGAGAAAAGAGAUGGCUCUGAAGAAGUUGGCGAGAGGUAUGAGAGUGAUCUACAGGGAAUGAGAACACAGCAGAUUGACCUGUUUUUUCAGGAUAAUUAUCAUCGAAGAAAAUCAUGCAUGAAGUUUUUUCCUGCACUGAAAUGUGACAGCAAGCACCAGCAGCAGGUGGUACCAGUGGAGUAACUAGCAAACAGUGAAUAUACCAGAGCUCUUCCAGUGUUCUUCCUUAGGACUCUGUGGCUUGUAUGACUCCAAGAAUUAGAGACUCACAAUCUCCUUUGAACACCAAAAGGCAGAAUUGCUCCUACUUCAAAUGUUACCAUGGUCAUAUCAUGGCUCUCUCCUGCAUCUGCAGGAUGGAGAAAGCUCUGUGAAUUCCUUAAUAAAG